UAUAAUGAGGAUUUGAUGAAUAAAGUGAAAGAGAUGGGCACUGGAAUAUGCGAAGAAGUGUUGAAGCAGAAAAUUACGAAUUUAGAUUUGCAGGAUCGUAAGCGACCUUUUGAUCAUGAACCGUCCACCUCCAAGAAGCCAAAAUUGGAGAAGAAUAGUUUUGAUGAUAUUGCUGAAAAUUCGCCAUGUGCAGCGAAGAGAAAGGGUGUUUCAAUGUUGAAAGCGCAGCUAAGCAUUCUUGAGAAAGGCGCUGAUCCGCUGAAGCAGCUCAAUCAGCUGACAUCACGUCUGAAAUACAAGUGGGAAGUGAAGAGCGCCGAAGAUGGCAAAUCAGCACUUCUUGUCAAUGACGUUAUUGUUUUGGAAGGAAUUUUUCCAUCCUGGGAUGACGCUGAAGCGAAGAAUUUCGUUGCGGCCGCCACUUUAGCUGCAUUUUCAAAAAUGUGGCAAGGCACUGAUUCGCCUGGCGAAUGUUAUUUGUCUUAUUUUAUAAACUGCUUAAAAACAGCCGUUAAAGCAAUGCCUAGCAGUGGAACAUCGUUUAGCAAACUUGAGGGCGCACUUGCUUCUGUUCGAAUUCCCUUACGAUAUGUUGCCGAACAUGGAACUGGGUAA